AUGGCAUUCGUCGUCUCGGACAUCUCAGCCUCGUCAGCUCAAGUCCCGUCACAGACGAUUCAGCUCGUGUCCAAAUCCGUGUCCGAAAGGCUUCUGUCCAAAUUCUACGAUGUCUCGGAAUUCAACUUCGACUACUCGAAAAGCGGGCUUUGGUCUCCCCCGAUCCAAAGAGGCUUGUCCUCGAGCUCGUCUGGCUCGAUUUUCACAGAACCAGACGAGCUCGAGACUCGCACCAGAAGGAAAUCCAAGCUAAGUUUCCAUGCAUGUUUGUGUUCGCCAAAGAGAUGCUGA